GCGCGGCGGAAGCGGCGGCGGCGGCGGCGCGGAGCGGCGGGGGACCCGGCGCGGCCACUGGCAGCGGUGGCACCAUGCAGCAGGAGUCAGAGGUUGGCCGGCCGCGCCGCAGGAAGCCCGACAUGGCCCUCUAUGUGCCCAAAGCGCGGCGGGAGAGAGCAGAACAAGCGGCAGGUGACACGCCAGCUGGACACCGCCAGGAGCCUGAGAACCACCGCCUGGCACAGGAUGCUUGCCUGGGCAGUGGUGAGGGGCAGAGGCGAAGCCCCCGUGUCAGGACACAAGCAGGCAGAGCGGUGAGGAGGGAGAGCAAAGUGGAUGCUGGCCCGAAGGAGCUGCGGGCAGCCUCUGGUGGGCACUGCCGGAGGCCGGGAGGCAGCUGCCCCAUUGCACCGGAGAGCCUGGGGUCAUCACCCAGUGUGCGGGAGCCAUGCCCGAAUCCACCCGUUGCCCAGCCCUGGGAUGGGCAGGACAAAGCAUCCCGUGGUGAAGGACUUGAGGAGCUCAGCCGCAGCUGCUGGAUGAUGAGGACCGAGCCUGACCCUCCAUCCCCACUGAGUGCCCAGCCUGGGGCCAUGGAGGCUUCCACCAAGCCUGGGGGUGACCCCGGUAGCCCAACACACCCUGCUAGCACAACGUUGGUGUGUUGGACAGGGCCAAGUGGUGUGUCGGAGCAUGUGGGGGACAGUGGCCUGGAUCCAGCCAGGUACCUCUCCCAGCAUCCAGGAGGGGGUGUCUUGCCUCUGGCACAGGCGAGCAACUGGGGCAGCAUGCCCGGACUGAUGUGGGAGGCUGCAGGUCCAAAAGCCCAGGGAGAGGAAAGGGAGCCUGGCGCGUUUCUCCUGGCAAGGCAGGGUGAGGGCUGUGCUACCAGGGUGCUGGCAGAGGAGGAGGAGGAAGAGGAGAGGCAGGGAGGCCUGCUUAUGGCUGAGCUUGCUGGGGAGAGCACUUUGGAUGUACCAGGAGCUGGCUGCGAAAUGGAGCACUCAGGGGGUGGCAUGGGUGACGCACCAGUGCUCCCUGGGGAGAAUACCCUGAGGCAGGAUGUGGGCAGCCCAUCCCAGCUCCCACCUGGCAUGGAGGAGGGUGCUGCCAGUGCUGGGCAUCCUGGCGGAGAGGGCAUCCUGGUGCCUGCUGUGGAGGGAGCAGGCAGCACCUCUGCCUGCACAGGCAGCAGUGCCAGGGCUGAGAACAGCCUGCCGGGUGCUGGCGAGGAACCGGCGAGUGGCGCGUGGGAAGGAGCACCCCUGGAGAGCCACAGGCCCCCACCAUCCCUGGAGCUGCUGCGCCACGGCAUAGAGGGGCUCUCGCCUGCAGCCUGGGCUGAGGAGCCAGUGGGGGCAGGCAAGGACACGGCCUCACCACAGCAGCAUCGGUGCAGCCAGGAGGCUGAGGAGGAAGAGGGAGGUCUCUGCAGUGGCUCCCCAAAGGCAGAGCAGGCCAGUGCCGGGACCCCGACCCAGGCCAGCCCAGGCCCUGAGGAGAGCUGGGAUGCGCUGUUCAAUGACGAUGGGGACUGCCUGGACCCCCGCCUGCUGGAGGAGCUCUCGGGGGGCAAGAAGCACCGGGAAAGCCAGCAGUCACCCCGCUUUGACUACUAUGGGGCUGAGCCCGCUGCACUGGACCUCAGCGAUGCCGAGCUGCCCCAUGUCAUCGAGAUCUAUGAUUUCCCCUCGGAUUUCCGCACCGAGGACCUGCUGCGUGUCUUCUGCAGCUAUCAGAAAAAAGGUUUUGAUAUUAAGUGGGUGGAUGAUACGCACGCCCUGGGCAUCUUCUCCAGCCCCAUAACAGCACACGAUGCCCUCAGCACCAAGCACCUGAUGGUGAAGACUCGCCCGCUCUCCCAGGGCACCCGUGCCUCUAAAGCCAAAGCCAGGGCGUACGCUGACUAUCUGCAGCCAGCCAAGGAGCGCCCUGAAACGUCGGCUGCCCUGGCCAGGCGGUUGGUGAUCGGUGCCCUGGGGGUACGCAGCAACCAGACGCCAGCCCAGCGAGAUGCUGAGCGGAGGAAGCUGCAAGAAGCCCGGGAGAGGAAGCGCCUGGAGAACAAGCAGCGGGAGGAUGCCUGGGAGGGCCGGGAGUGAGUGUGGAGGCUGUACCUUACCCCUGCUGGGAAACCCCCUGGGGUGCCCACGCCCCCCUCUACGGGCAGGCAGGGCACCAUGCGUUUUGGAGCGGGGAUGGAUCCCGCACUGCAUCCCAAAGCACUGGGCUGCUCCACUGAAGGGGCUGAGCAGGGUGUGUGUGCAGGCUGGUUGGUGCCUUGUGGAUGCUGUCACUGUCGGGCAAUGCCGCCUGCCCUGCCCAGGGCAGGAACCCCUGUGCUGCCUGCUGCAGCGGGAGUAGCCGGUGGGACGUGGGGAGCUCGGCAGUGAACACGUGGGGCCGUGUGGGGCGGCCCUGGCCACCUGGCAGGGCCUUGCAAGCAAGAGUUUCUGUCCUUUAUUUUGCUAAUAAAUACCAUUUAUUUUAUUUGCC